AUGCCAACCGAUGAUAUUCAUAUUUUAUCAUCUUCUGAUUCACGUAUUUUAAUAUCAUCAAAUGUAACUGAAUCAUCAUCAAUAGAACUAACUUCAUACUCAAUUGAACGUAUUUAUUAUUUAUUGAAAACUGAAAAACAACAAUAUACUAUUAUCAAGAAUAAAAUUUCACCACCUGCUGGUUUUUAUUGGUCUAUAUUUGGUUUUUCAGCUAAACCUAACAAAAACACUUGUAUUUUUGAGAGAAUUAAUGGAUAUACAAGUUGUGAAAAAUGUAAGAAAACUUUCGUUUAUGAUUCAAAUAGUGGAACAACACAUAUGAAGCAGCAUCCAUGUGUAACUGAUCUCAUAACUCAAACAACAUCGUCAUCAAUAAAUGUAACAUUAACUGCUGAACAAUCAAAGAUAAUCAAAGACUUAAUUGUAUGUUGGAUAUGCAAUGAUAUUUGUCCUGUUUUUAUCACUGAAGACAAUGGACUUCGAGGACUUGUUGAAGAAUGUAGAAGAUUAGUUAAUAAUAUUCUUCGUUGUCGUUCAACAACUUCUAGUCAUAUUCAAGUUGUGGCUGAAUCCUGUCAUGCACGUAUUAAAAACGUCUUGGAAGAACCCUACAAGAAUGGAUCCUUACCAAUAUCACCUGGUUUUUGGUGCAACAAAUCUAAACAAAUUUGUUAUCUUGGUGUUAUGGCAGUUGUUGUAGAUAAAGAUUAUAUAUAUUAUGUACUUGAUCGAUUUUGUAAACAAUUUCAAGAAUAUGAAAAAACUAGUGAAAAUAUAUAA